UUCCUGUUGCUAAUGCUAAUGCUAGCUGCUCCGUGCAUCAGGAAACAGCACUCACAGAUAUCGUGACCUUUGACCUUCAAAAUGGAGCUGGACGUGGAGACGAGGAGGAUUGUGGGAGGCAGCGACUCUCCUCCUGAGCUGGACAGCCCUUGUCAAGAGGUGGAGACUGACUUUGGCUCCUGCGGCGCUGACGAGGAGAGAGGGGAGACUCCGGGACGAGAGGACAGUCCCACAGACGGAGACACAGAGCUGGACCCUGGAGGGAAGGAGGUGGUUCUGUUGAUGCAGGCGCUGAACUCUCUGGACACGCCUGAAGAGAAACUCGCUGCUCUGUGCAAGAAGUACGCCGAUCUGUUGGAGGAGAGUCGGUCGAUGCAGAAGCGGCUCAAGGCUCUACAGAAGAAACAGGCUCAGAUUGUGAAGGAGAAACUCCACCUACAGGCGGAGCACAGUAAAGCCAUCCUCGCACGCAGCAAACUGGAGAGUCUGUGCAGAGAGCAGCAGAGACACAACAAGACACUUAAGGAGGAGAACGCUCAGCGGUCGCGGGAGUACGACGAGCAGAGGAAAGAGGCCAUGCUGCACUUCCAGUCCACGCUCAGCGACAUCGAGGCUCAGAUGGAAACGCACAGCUCCAGGAACGCCAAACUCAGACAGGAAAACAUGGAGCUGGUGGAGAAGCUCAAGAAGCUCAUCGAGCAGUACGAGCUCAGAGAGGAGCACAUGGACAAAGUGUUCAAGCACAAGGAGCUCCAACAGCAGCUGAUGGACGCCAAGCUCCAGAGAAUCACAGACAUGAUGAAGGAGGUGGAGGAGAAGCAGCAGAGGGAGCGCCAGACGCUGCUCAAAGACGCCACAGACUCCAGACGAAAAUGUGAACAGAUGAAAGAACAGGAGACGCAGCUCAAACAGCAGCUCUCUCUGUACAUGGACAAGUUUGAAGAGUUUCAGACCACUCUGGCCAAAAGUAACGAGGUGUUCAGCACAUUCAGACAGGAGAUGGAGAAGAUGACAAAGAAAAUAAAAAAACUGGAGAAGGAGACGACUCAGUGGAGAACCAAAUGGGAGAGCAACAACCAGGCGCUGCUGCAGAUGGCGGAGGAGAAAACUUUACGUGACGGUCACUUCAAGGCUCUACAGGGUAAACUGGAGCUGCUUGAGCGUCUGUGUCGAGCUCUGCAAAAAGAACGAAACGACUUGAACAACCGACUCAGCCUCCUCCAGGACCAGGGGCCGGAGCAGGGGCCAGACCAGGGGCCGGGGUCAUCAGAGCAGGGGCCGGGGUCAUCAGAGCAGGGGCCGGGGCCAGACCAGGGGCAGGGGCCAGACCAGGGGCAGGGGCCAGACCAGGGGCAGGGGCCAGACCAGGGGCAGGGGUCAUCAGACCAGGGGCCGGGGUCAUCAGACCAGGGGCCGGGGUCAUCAGACCAGGGGCAGGGGUCAUCAGACCAGGGGCAGGGGUCAUCAGACCAGGGGCAGGGGUCAUCAGACCAGGGGCAGGGGUCAUCAGACCAGGGGCAGGGGCCAGACCAGCCCCACAAAGCUUACCCAGGGGAGCCCUCUGCUGAGGAAGAGCCGCAGGACGAGGAGGGUACCGGCCUGGAGAUCCACGAAGCCCCAAGACCCCCAGAAGAGCAGACUGAGACCACCACAGAGGGGCUAGCGGAGGGAGAGACGUUAGCGGCUAAUGCUAAUGCUAACACCACACAGGACUAG